AUGCUUAUGCUUCUGAAUCCUGGACCUAGUCCCUUGUUUGCGCAACUUGUUACACCAAACAUCCCUGCCAGUUCCUCUGAGAAGGAAAAUUUGGGCGAUAUCAAGGAGCUUCUUCCUGAUGGGUAUGUCUUGCAGGUCCAUCACUAUCAUGAAGCUGAAUCUCACCAUCACCACCAUGAAGCUGGAUUACACCACCAUAACCAUCAUGACAUGAAGUGCAAGAAAGCUGGAUCUUUCCUCAGGCGUGUCCACUGCACCAUCAUGGUCCUUGGCCUAUGGGAGGGUCUUCAUGCUGAUGUGUUCGUUCUUGUUGUGGAAUCAUUAACCAGAUGGAGUGCGAGAUGUGUCAGUAUCUGGAGCAAGGACAUGGUCAAGAAGGAUUUCAUAGGUCGAGGACCUUACCCAACUUAUAUCCUUCCCUCCUCGUCCAGGACAACCCCUCCACCUACCACAAAUCCCUUCCUGCCUCCUCCAGCCGCUUUGGCACCUAAUAUUGCUACUUACUACAGCGAUGACAAAUGUUGUGCACACCGGCCGGUCCGCCAAACCAAGCCUACCGCCACCCUUCUCCAACAUUCUGAGAAGGCGGCUCUCCCAUCACAAACCAAGGCUAUCAAUGCCUUUCAUGCAGCAGAGGCUGCGAAGUUGCCUGAUUCUCGACAUGCUUCCAACGCUGGUGCUGAUCAAACCACCCCCAGCAUAUCCCUGAAUUCACCUCCAGGUGACACUGCACCAUCAGGUUCAAGCUUGGCUGCACUCGAAAAGGGUAAGAGGACUCGCGUUCAAGAAAUUCUUGACAAUGAGUCUGGUGGUGAGGAACGUGAAGAUGCGCGCAUCAAUCCAUGA